GUUUAUUGAAAACAAACUAUGUGCAUCACAGGUGUAUUAAUUAUGUUGUUAAAUCGUUUUUAAAUUAUUAUCAUUAAUCUAGUUCACAUGUCUUUAAAUGAAUGUUGGCUUUAUAUGCAUAAUAUAUGGACACUUCGGUGUUGGAGAAUGAAACGAAUUUUGAUCUUUUCAUUGAUCAUAAUGAUCAUCAUUAUAAUCAUUUAUUUAGCUAUAGUGUUGAAUAGCAAGAAUAAAAACUCAAUUUCAGAACAUUCAACCACAAUUACUUAUGAACGACAAGAUAGUGGUGAUAGUGAGAUAAAUGAUGAUGGAUUUUCAUCUUUACGGCGUCAACAUCGAUUGAAAGAAACAAAUUCGAACUUGGGAGAUGAUGAACAAAUUAAUAGGCCUUCAUUGAACAUUGACCAAUCUUUGAGAAAUUCGACGGCAAAAGCCAAACAUUUGGUCGUUGGUAAUGGUGACAGCAAGAUCUUUUCUAGAAUUAAAUGCCGCAAUUCGGCACAAGGAAAACUUUUAAUCACUGAUGAUCGUGGUCAUGUUUGUCAACGUCAACAUAUAAUCAUCAAUGGUUGUUGUGAUGAUCUACAUUUUGAAACAAAGAAAUUUGUUUGUGAUACAUGUCAGACUAACGGAUGUUGUGAGAUUUACGAACAUUGUGUAUCAUGUUGUAUGGCACCCGAAAACCGUGAUCACUUGAAUCGAAUGAUUAACGGCGAUGCUGAUUUCGAUGAAGAAGAAAAGAAAAUGCGUGAAUCAUUGCAAAUAUUUUUUUCAUCCAUAACUGAUUUGUUUGAAUUAUGUUUAAUCAAAUGUCGUACAUCAUCUGCUUCGGUUCGACAUGAGAAUACAUAUAAGAAUCAUCGAACAAAACAUUGCUAUACACUCAUGGUAACAGUUGAUCAUUAGCGGGUGUCAAAGUUCUGUAAAUCAAUUAUUUACUUACAUAAUAAUCAAAUUAAAACGAAAAUGGAAGUA